AUGACUUUCCUCUUUAAGAAACCGGCAGACAUGCCCGGAUCUGCCGUGCCUGCGAUCCUCAUCGGAUGCUUCGUUGCAUUUGGCGGUGUUCUCUUCGGCUACGAUACGGGGACGAUCGGAGGAAUUUUAGCAAUGAAAUACUGGCGCAAGCUCUUCUCCACAGGAUACAUCAACCCGAAAGACCACCACGCCGACGUGACUGCAUCGCAGACGUCGGAAAUCGUGUCGAUCCUGUCGGCGGGCACGUUUUUCGGCGCUCUAUUCAGUGCCCCUCUAGCAGACAGGUUAGGACGGCGAUGGGCGAUGAUCUUCAACACCGGGGUCUUCACAUUCGGCGUAAUCCUGCAGACGAUCGCGACGCAAAUCCCGUUAUUCGUAGCCGGGCGGUUCUUCGCCGGUCUAGGCGUCGGACUCUUGAGCGCCACGAUCCCGCUGUACCAGUCUGAAACGGCACCGAAAUGGAUCCGAGGCGCCAUCGUAGGGUGCUACCAAUGGGCCAUCACGCUUGGCCUGUUUCUUGCCGCGAUCGUGCUCAAUUCCACAAAGGACAAAAACGACACAGGGUCCUACCGCAUCCCUGUCGCCGUGCAGUUCGCAUGGGCGAUUAUUUUGGUGGCAGGCAUGCUCAUCCUGCCCGAGACGCCGCGGUUCUUGAUCAAAAAGGGCAAAGGAGCGGCUGCGGCAAAGUCCCUGUCCCGACUGCGUCGGUUGCCCGUCGACCACCCGGCGCUGAUGGAAGAGCUGGCCGAGAUCCAAGCGAACCACGAAUACGAACUGACCAUGGGCACGGCGUCGUAUCUGGCCUGCUUCCAGGCGCCGAUCAGAAAGAGACUGUUCACCGGCAUGGCGCUGCAGGCCCUGCAGCAGUUGACCGGCGUCAACUUCAUCUUCUACUACGGCACGACGUAUUUCACCAGCGCGGGCAUCAAUAACCCCUUCACUGUCUCCGUCAUCACCUGUGUCGUCAACAUCUGCAGCACCGUCCCAGGCCUAUAUCUAGUCGAACGCUGGGGUCGGCGCCCGCUCCUCAUGUUCGGCGCCGUCGGCAUGUCCGUGUGCCAGCUCAUCGUUGGCAGCGUGGGCACGGCUCGCCCGGACGAGUCGGCCGCGGGAAACGCCUUGAUCGCCUUUGUCUGUCUCUACAUCUUCUUCUUCGCUUGCAGUUGGGGCCCGUGUGCUUGGGUUGUGACCGGUGAGAUCUUCCCGCUCAAAGCUCGUGCAAAGGGCUUGUCCAUGACCACGGCUUCCAACUGGCUUCUCAACUGGGCCAUCGCCUACGCCACUCCGUACAUGGUCAAUGCAGGACCAGGAAAUGCAAACCUCGGCUCCAAAGUCUUCUUCAUCUGGGGCGCCUUCUGCUGCGUAUGCAUGGCCUUCGUCUAUUUCUGCAUCUACGAAACCAAAGGCCUGUCCCUGGAACAGGUCGACGAACUGUACGCUAAAGUCUCCUCCGCCAAGAACUCGGCCGGGUUUGUGCCUACCGUGCAUUUCGUCGAUGUCAAGGGGGUCGGCGCCUCGGAGGCCAGGCGCAGUACUUUGGCGGAUUUGGAGUUGGCCGCGGUGAGGAGGAAGAGUUCGAUAGUCCAUCAGGAAUAUUUGAAGUCUUGA